GUUCAUCCAUUCUCUCUAACUUACUCUCUUCUUUACAUCUCUAUCCCAUUGCUUCAUCCUUCAUCUCUUCAUCUCUUCAUCUUCUAUCUCUUCCGUCGUCUCUUUGCCAUCGCUCUGCUUGUCUGGAUUGAGCAGAGCUCUCUUCUUGUUUCUGUACCUCCUUGAACCGGGACAUCUUCCGCCCCGUCAUCAUGAAGGUCCUCACUCUAUCUGUCCUCCCGCUCCUUGCAGCUGCAUCUCCGGUCCUGGUUGACACCAUUCACAAUGAUGCUGCUCCGGUCAUCUCCUCCUCUAACGCAAAGGAGAUUCCGAAUUCCUACAUGGUCGUAUUGAAAAAGCACGUCACCGAGCGGGAUGCCUCGGCUCAUCACAGCUGGGUUCAAGACGUUCAUCUCUCCCGAGAGACACGCAAGCAAGAGCUACGGAAACGCAGCCAAGUGGCUUUCUCGGAUGACACCGUCUUUGAGGGCUUGAGACACACCUACAAUAUCCCAGGCGGCUUCUUGGGCUACGCUGGUCACUUCGAUGAAGAUGUCAUCGAACUCGUCCGCAGACACCCAGAUGUCGAGUACAUUGAACGAGACUCCGAGGUCCACACCCUCAAAGAAUCUCCUUCCCUCGAAAAGAACGCUCCUUGGGGUCUUGCCCGUAUCUCCCACCGUGACGCCUUGAACUUCGGCGAUUUCAACAAGUACCUCUACUCCGCCGACGGUGGUGAGGGUGUUGACGCUUACGUCAUUGACACUGGUACCAACAUUGAUCAUGUUGACUUCGAAGGCCGUGCCAGCUGGGGCAAGACCAUACCUGCCGGCGAUGAAGAUAUUGAUGGUAAUGGCCACGGCACGCACUGCUCGGGUACAAUUGCCGGCAAGAAAUUCGGUGUUGCCAAGAAGGCCAAUGUCUACGCCGUCAAGGUCUUGAAAUCUAAUGGAUCUGGCACCAUGAGCGACGUCGUCAAAGGUGUUGAGUGGGCUGCGGAAGCCCACUCCUCGGCCCUUAGCGCUGCAAAGAAGGGAAAGAAGAAGGGAUUCAAGGGCAGUGUUGCCAACAUGAGCUUGGGUGGUGGCAAGUCUCGAGUCCUCGAUCUUGCUGUCAACGCAGCUGUUGAUGCUGGUCUUCACUUUGCCGUUGCCGCUGGCAAUGACAAUGCUGACGCCUGCAACUACUCUCCUGCUGCUGCUGACAAGGCGAUCACUGUCGGAGCCAGCACUCUGGCUGAUGAGCGCGCCUAUUUCUCCAACUACGGCACUUGCACCGACAUCUUUGCUCCCGGGUAUAACAUUCUCUCGACCUGGAUUGGCAGCAAGUAUGCCACCAACAUCAUCUCGGGCACCUCAAUGGCCUCUCCUCACAUUUGCGGUCUCCUUGCCUAUUUCUUGUCUCUCCAGCCAGCCAACGACUCAGCCUAUGCUGUUGCCGACAUCACUCCAAAGCAGAUGAAGGCCAAUAUGAUUGCCAUAGCUACUGAGGGUGCUCUGUCUAACAUGCCAUCUGACACUGUCAACCUGCUGGCAUGGAACGGUGGUGGCAAGUCCAACUACUCUGAGAUCGUCAAUGAUGGUGCCUACACCGUCAGCACUAGCUUUUCUGCUGAGGACUAUCUUAGCGAGAAGGCUCAAGAACUCAAGGCCGAGCUCAAGCGUGUCGCCCUGGAGUUGGAGGCUCUGAUUGAAAAGGCAUAAGUGGAUACAGCUCGAUUGUAACUGCUUCACUGCUAUCUAGCACUACUUGCUCACGGUGAAGGGGUCCCUGGAGAAAUGGGACGAGAGCACAUCAAUCACCGAAUAGAAGGCUUAGACCUAGUUAUCGGACUGCACGGUCAGGACAAGUCUAACGGCCACUGUUAUAGGGGGAAUGGAUCUCUUUGUGUUGGACCUCCAAGGCUCUUAUUGUUUACAUACGCUCGUAUCGAUGAAUCAAACCAAACUCUCGCUCACGUGCCUGGAACCUCUUGAUUGAAUAAGUACCAAGACGUGGGAACCUAGUCCCGCGUCAGAAAUAGCCCCCGGAAAGAGCAGUAUCCUCUAUCGGAGGACACAAUCUACUCUUGAUAGCCGCGGACCCAUUUUGUAUGACAGUCACUGUACAUCUAUGAGACAA